CAUUGACCCUGUGGUCCAAAAGCGGAAGGUUCAUGUCGAUAUAAUACCAUUGGGCUGGAAAUGAGCAUGUCAUGGAAGCUACUGAGUGCCAUGGAUUCUCCCUUGAGUUUUGGUCUGUUGCUAUCCCACCUUGUAACUGGACAGAACUUCAAAAGAGGAAAGUGUUGGAUCCAGAGCCAUCAUUUCUGAAGCAGUGCCGGAAAACAUCUGUGAACCCACAUGUGGUGACAGAGGCUGCGGAACUGCUCAACAGUCCUGUGCUGCACGAAACCAGCAGUGUGAAUAUGUUGGGGAAAUGCUGUACCUUGGAAUACUGGUGUCAAGUCUCCUAUAGCUGGAUCGGAACCUCUUGGGUCAUUUGGAUGGCUUUGGUGCUUCCAUCCACAAUGAGAUGUACGAGGACUCAAGAGACCUAUGGCUCAUGUCAAGGCUCCACAUCGUUACUACCUUGA